CAUUCAGACAAAAUUUUACUUUCAUUUAGACCUUCAAAACAAAAAAAUAUUUGUCAUAUCUUGAACGGGGUGGGAGUUAUUUCUAUUUUCCUGCCUGGAACCCAUGUUUUGAGAAAAGCGUUGGAUUUUCUUAGAAAUCCUGAUACAGUCCUGAAUAAAAGUACCUGCCAUUCUGAACUGGUAUCACUUCUUAUUAUAUUGGGUUGAUAUUUUGACUGCAGACUAGUCUCAGUGAGCCCUGAUCGCAAGCACCUUGCUGCCCUCAAUUGGUUGACAAAUACUGGAAUUACUAAUUCAACACUAUCAUCACAUUGUGAAAGUCAUAUUGUGGUCAUUUUUUGGCAUUGGUGUUCGCGUAACCCCCAAUCCAUAAGUCCAAUGAUGCAACUAUCUACAGUAAAAAUUUGGUUAAACAGUAUCUUGAAAUAAUGAAGAUCUGAAAUUUGAAUUGAAAAUUUCCAUCAAAUAGUAGACCAUAGUUUCCAGUCUGAUAUUUAUAACUCGAGCUGGACUCGACCAAUUCAGUUGAAAAUUUUAAAAAUAAGUUUUCAUAAGUAUACACGUCUGUGAUAAAAUUUUCAGAGCUGUAUCUCAAUGUAGAGUUGAAAUAGAGAUGCGACGAGCUUUGAACCAAGCAACUAGAUAUAUUGGGCUACAGUUAGCACCAAAAUAAUUACGAAUAAAUUAUCGGAGGACGAAGCAGCGAACGAAAAUUUUUUAAGAUCGCAUUUCUCUUCGAUUUCUUCAAAAACCACCAGUAGUGCAUUCGUGUACGUGGAACUCUCGCAUACUAGUGAAUUUACGCUCGUCUUUUAGGAAAUGCUCUUUUUUGGUCAGAACGAUCGAGAGAACGUGCACACGAGCCUAAUUCUAUGAAGCAGAAAUGUUAUGACGUCAGCAAAAUGAUUUUGGAGUGAAACUCUUAGUAAUAAAGAAGUACCUCGUGCAUAUAUGCACCGUAAGUUGUUUGUUGAAGAAGUCGAAGAGAAGUGCGAUCUUAAAAAAUUUUCGUUCGCUGCUUCGUCCUCCGAUAAUUUAUUCGUAUCUAUCUUGGUGCUAGUUGCAGCCCAGUUUACCUAGUUGCUUGGUUCAAAGCUCGUCGCAUCUCUAUCUCAACUCUACAUUGAGAUACAGCUCUGAAAUUUUAUCACAGACUUGAAUGUUUAUGAGAACUUAUUUUUAAAAUUUUCAACUGAAUUGGUCGAGUCCAGCUCGAGUUAUGGACGUCAGACUGGAAACUGUGGUCUACUAUUUGAUGGAAAUUUUCAAUUCAAAUUUCAGAUCUUCAUUAUUUCAAGGUACUGUUUAAUCAAAUUUAUACUGUAGAUAGCCGCAUCAUUGGACUUACGAAUUGGGGAUUACGCGAACACUAAUGUCAAAAAAUGACUAAGAUAUGACUUUCACAAUGUGAUGACAAUGUUGAACUAGUAAUUUCAGCGUUGGUCAACCAAUUGAGGGCAGCAAGGUGCUUGCGAUCAAGGUUCAUUGAAACUAGUCUGCAGCUAAAAUAUCAACUCAAUAUAAUAAGAAGUGAUACCAGUUCAGAAUGGCAGGUACUUUUGUCCAAGAUUGUAGCUAGUAUGGAGUAAGUCUUCUUCAACUAAGUCUGUGAAAAUCUAGUCAUUUUGCGAAAAGCUAUAUAUAUUUUGAAAGAGAAAACUUCGGCGCAUCUUCUUUUGAUAAAAACUCACCUUUGAUAUUUUUUCGAAAAAUUGGAUAUUUUAAGGGGGAACUAUUAACAACCACCAAAGAAUUCAAAUCGAAGUCGAAACGUGACCAAGAGAAACUUGACAACAACUCAUCGUUUCAUUCGCACAUGCAUACAUGAAAAAUAUGCACAGUUCUUUCAUCGAAUUCUUUUGACAAGAUUAUAGCAGCAGACUUUUUCAACGCGAAAGUUAGUAGUAGAACUACGAAAGAUACAUAUAUCUACAAAAAACUCAAGCUCUUGAACUUUUAUUUUUGAGAACAAGUGAAUUUGAAUGGAAACAUAUUCUUAUUUGUGUUAUUGACACAAUACUAGCUGUAUAUAGAUUCAUCUUGAACAAGUGGUUGUACUUUUAAACAGAAACAAAUAUCUGUCCUAAAACUCUGUUGGACACAGCGAAUGUGCCGAAUAGAAUGAGAGAAUAAAACUCGUUUGAAGUCUUUGUUCCAUUAGGUUUUGGUAAUCAAACAACGAUUACUUUUGAAACAGUUCUUGUUCGUAGAAUAAUUACAUGAAGAAUUUCAUUUUGAUCGAUUGAGAAGACUUGUGUUUAUUAUACAGGUAUUGAUACAGUGGAACUUGGUGGUGAUUUAGAAAUUGCUUUAAAAACAACAUCCGCUGGAAUUGAACUACAACGAAAUCCAUCUAUAUUUAAAAUGGGCGUAUUCAAACGUUUAUUUAGUCCAUUAAUAGAAGAAUGGUUCAAUGGGAUCAGAUUUGGUGUGAAAGAUGCUGAUUUGAUUGUUCUAUCGAUUGGAUCUCUUUUCGUUGGACUGAGUUGCAUUGAAAAAUGUCCGAACAUAAAAGCAAUCGGAAUCUACACCUUUCCUCUAAUACCGACAGCUGAAUUUUCUCCACCUGGUAUCGGCGAAAAAAGCGUAAGUUUGCUUAAUUGUAUCAAUUCACUGAAAUGGAAAGUAUCUGAAUAUAUUAACAUUUCCUGUUACCGUGAAAAACUCAAUGAACUUCGUAGCAGUAUCAAUUUACCACCACUUACAUUCAAUUAUUAUCAGAUGAUUCAAGCCACCAUGAAGAAGCCAAUGACAACUGCAACAAUCUAUUCCAAACAUUUAAUUGCACGUCCGACCGAUUGGCAAGAAAAUGAUCAUAUAGUCGGUCCAAUUCUCGACGAGGAUCAACAUAAUUUCGAACCAUCACCUACUCUUCUCGACUUUUUCAAUAAAUGGAAAAGCGAAAAGAUCAUCUUUGUUGGUCUUGGAUCAAUGAUGGGUGCAAUGCUCGGAAAUAAUGAACAAAUACAAUUUCUAAAUAAUAUUCAAGCGGCUCUUAAAAACAAUAAUUGUAAAGCAGUUAUAUCACUUGUUGGUUAUCAACAAACCGACAUCAAUAACUUAUCCAAUACUGAUAAUAUAUUCUAUUUAAAACAAAUUAUACCCCAUAGUUGGUUAUUUUUGAAUGUGUCGGCAGUGAUUCAUCAUGGAGGUGCCGGCACUACGCAUGCAAGUCUACGAUAUGGCUUACCCACAUUAAUAUUAUCUUUUGUAGUUGAUCAACCAUUUAAUGGCGAUCGAAUAUUUAUCAACAAAUUAGGACCAAGACAUAUUCCAAUGGCUAAGACCAAUGUGAAAAAUUUGACCAAUGCUAUUCAUGAUCUUAUCAAUCGUAACUACAGCAUGUAUCAAAUGAAUGCGAAAAAAAUAAGUGAAUUGAUUAAGAAUGAAGAUGGAAUUGGUCAAUGUGUUCGACUCAUUGAAGCAGAACUGGCAAAAUGA